ACUUCGGGGGUUCAUCAUCACCGCAGCUGGGGGAAGUUCCGCUGCCGCAACUUUGCGACUGGGCUGAUCCACGCAUUCAACUAGUAAUCAUACUGUAAUACUCUCACCUCCUGAUUCAUCUACGCUCUCUCCGUCGCCAGGCGUCCAGCUCGAAUUGUCGCCAAAUUCUUUUCCAUUAAUGUCUUGAAAGUACUAUGAAAGAGGCGGCAGUGUGAGGCCGGAUUUAGACAGUCACGACGACACGCCUAUCGAUUGCGUGCAUGAUUUCACGCCAUACCUCGAGUCUUCGCCAUGGCGAAUCAAGAUAGAUACGGUCGUUAUGCCAAUAUUCCUAUUCCUUCAUAUGACGAAGCGAUCUCAUCGCGGCCGGGUUCGUCGACACAACAUGCUCGCGGACCAGGAGAGAUCAGUGACGAUGCCGAGCGGCAAGGUCUGCUCGGCGAGGAUGGCCCGGCCAAUACACAUUAUCGACCACCGACUGUAGAGUCGCCGCGUUCGAGCGAGGAUAGCGACCUACGACUCCCCGAGGUAGGAGGAGGUGCAGAUGCGGCGCGCCGAGAUAUCGAGGAGCUGGACUACCUCGACCCGAUGGACAACUCACGGCGAUCGCCACGCCCAUACUCGCACACACGCUUGCGCAACAUUUCUUCACGUUUCUCCAAAUUCUCUGCUACAUUAUCUUCAAUUCGAUUGCCGUCGUUUCGACGACUUUACACUCCUUACCGAAUGAGUGCCCCAACCGCUGCACGACUGUGCGGCCUCGCCGCACUCAUCAUUCUCUUCUAUGUGCUGUUCGCAAUGGAGGUCUUCACUGGCGGACGCCACGGGAACGGUCGUUUCGAUCCGGAAUCUGUGCGAGCAUUUGUGCAGGAAAAUGUCGAUUCAGAGCGGAUAGCAGAAUACUUGACACACAUCUCGAGUUACGAUCACGUCGCGGGUACCGAAGGUGAUCUCUACAUGGCGGAAUGGAUGCACGAGCGGUGGAAGCUUGAAGGACGAUUCGAUGAUGUCGCGCUUGCGAGCUACUACGUUCUCUUGAACUACGCCAAACCGGACGGCAGGAGUGUUAGCAUCACCGAACCGGAAGACAAAAGGUGGACUGCUGUAUUGGAAGAGGAUAUGGUCAAUGUGGAUCGCCAACAGACUUUGGCAUGGCACGGGCACAGUAAGAGCGAUGAAAAGGAAGGACCCUUGGUAUAUGCCAACACUGGAAGUAAGGAGGAUUUCGAGUAUCUGAGAGGAUCUGGCAUUGUGCUGAACGGAACGAUUGCAUUGAUACGUAAUGCGGGCGCGUUUGAGAACACCGCGCUCAAGGUCAAGACAGCUGAAGAGGCAGGCUGCAUUGGCGCACUUCUUUACUCGGACCCCAGCGAUGAUGGAUCCGUCAAGGGAGCUGUCUGGCCCGAUGGGCCUUGGCGAACGGCCGACUCAGUGCAGCGUGGUAGUGUGGGUCUGACGGACUGGGUGAUGGGCGACCCCUUGACUCCGGGAGUCGCGAGUGUCCCUGAUGCAAAACGAACGUACAAGACGAUCUUGCCUGGCCUCGUCAACAUUCCGUCCCUGCCUCUGGCGUGGCGAGACGCCAAGGUGCUCAUCGCUGCAUUACAGGGCCACGGUAGCGUACUUCCAGACAACUGGACCGGCGGUGACGAAACCAAUCAAAAGUGGUUCUCCGGAACAGCAGCGACAUCGGCCGACACCUCCUUUCCGGUCGUCCACAUCAAGAACAUCAACGAUGAAAACCCUAAACAACAAAUCUGGAACCUCCACGGUGUGCACAGAGGAGUUGAAUCACCUGACAACAAGGUCAUCGUGGGAAGUCAUCGUGAUGCGUGGUGUUUCGGUGCUGUGGACCCGGGCAGUGGCAGCGCAGUGAUGAUGGAGCUUGUCGCGAUUUUCGGUCAGCUCCGUAAGGUCGGCUGGCGCCCUCUGCGUACACUGGAGUUUGCCAGCUGGGAUGCUGCCGAAUUCAGCCUCAUGGGCAGCACCGAGUACGUGGAAGAUAAUCUCGAUGGCCUCCGAGGGAACGGUGUCGCGUAUUUAAACGUAGAUGCCGGCGUAUACAGCCCUGACGCACUCUUCCGUGCUUCGGGUAGUCCUGUAUGGCAACGACCGUUGGCCCAUGCGCUUGGCCGCGUGUCCGAUCCUGGAUCUGGAAAGUCUCUCCGCGAGGUAUGGGAGACGCGCAACUCAGAGGUCGAGAGUCCCGGCACCGAGGGCGACUAUGCUCCCUUCCAGAGCAUGGCCGGCGUUUCCUCCAUUGAUUUCGGCUUCCGUGGCGCCGACGAUGCCUUCCCGCGCAACUCCUGCUACGAUACCUUUGAAUGGAUGAACAAGAUUGGGGAUCCAGGCUUCAACUACCACCGAUCCCUCGCCCAAAUCUGGGCCCUCAUGAUCCUCGAAGUGGUCGACCAACCUCUCCUCCCCUUUGACCUCCGCAACUACGCUGCUGCCAUCCAAAAAUCCUACAUCUCCUCUAUCACCGCCCACGCCGCUUUCCAGCGGCAACACUUCAACCUCACGGAGAACGCCUCAACCGUCGACUUCACCCCAUUACAAAACGCCGCCGACGCCUUCGUCACCCGUGCCGACGAAUUCCACAACUUCGAAGACUACUGGACCCGAAACAUCUACGCCGUCGGCGGAAUUGAAAACCGCGCCUUCGGCAUGCAAAGAUUGCAGUUCAACGACGCCCUUUCGAAUUUCGAAUCCGACCUCUUGGACUUGCCGCAGAACUACCACGACGGCGGUCGCGAGUACGGCGUACCAGGCAGGAACCAAUUCAAACACAUCUUGUUCGGCCCGCAGGAUUCCCGACGAAAGGGCGAGAAUGUCGUUGUCUUUCCCUUGAUCAGAGAUGCUUUGGAUAAAGGCGAUUGGAAGGCUGCGCAGGACAUGGUGCAGCGCACGGCGGACAUCUUGAGUAGGGCGACGGGGAAUUUGCCGCAUAUCAUCUAA